CCCCUCACCUUUCCCUUUCGAUUACGGCGGCGCCGCCAUCGCAUCACCUUCAUCGCAUCUCGCCCUCGAUGGCUAGCAUCUCGCUCUCCAAUUGCGUCCUCCUCCACGCCGAUGGCUUCCACGGCAGCUCCUUGCAGCGGAACGCCACCACCGCCAUGGCCUUCACCAGUCGGGGGACCAGCAUCGAGGCAUCCUUAAGCUGCCCCGAGCGUCCGCUGCUCCCCACAAUCCUCUUUGUGGAAUGCUCCAGCGUUGACGACUUCACCACCGAACCCCCACGCAUCGUCCGCGCGGUUGAAGACAUCAUCGUCUUCAGCGUCCUCAUCGGCCCUCGACUCCGCCCAGACGUCUCGCCGUGCGACUACGACUACUUCAUCUACCGGGUCGGGGAGGUUCCGUCGCUUCAGCUGCUGCCGCCCCCGCAUCCCACCUUCCAAGACGAGGAUGCAGGCCUCCUUCUCUGCGGGGAAGACGACUUCAUUGUCGCCGCGUUGAUCGCUACAAACAAAUCUGGAGUGUACGACCUCCACCGCUUCGACUCCAGGAGUUGGACGUGGAGCCAGGAGGUGGUGCCAUUGGUGGCGCCGCAGGCUGCGUUCCCCUUCAGGAUCACUCUGAACUCAAUCCGGCUUGGUUACCAUCUCACGUCCACCGUAAUCACCAUCGGAGGCGAAGGUGGCACGAUGGGCUGGGUCGAUCUCUGGCGUGGCAUCCUGAUCUGCGACGUGCUCCACCGGAAGCCCGAGCUCCGUGGUGUGCCCCUGCCGGUGCCGAUGGAGCUGCUGACAUGCAACAAUGGUCGGGGGGCUGACAUAGGAGGCUGCGGAAAAUCCCUCCGCGGGAUUGCCGUCAUCAAUCAAAGCCUCAGGUUUGUUCAUUUGGAAGCCAUCGUCUCCACCACCUCCAAGACACUGCCUGCUGCAGAUAGCGACAGCGAUGAUGAAGAACCUGACUCGCUCAUGUCUGACUGGGUGAUCACGACAUGGAGCAACUCCAAGAUGAGUACCUCGUGGGAUGACUGGAUCAAGGACUGCGAGGCCAAAGCAUCGCACACCACGAUCCACAGCAAGCCCAAGUCAAAGAUGCUCAACUCUGGAUUGCUGUCACCUGAAGGAGCAAAUCAAGAGCGAGCCUUGCAGAACCUCUGGGUGUCCCACCCAGCUCCUGGCAUCGAUGAUGGUGUCGUUUACUUGCUGGCCAGAGUCAGAUUCCAGGACCCGAAGGCAUUCGUUAUCGCUCUUGACGCCAGGAAGAAUGUUCUGCUAGGCUCAGCUGAGUUCGCGACUGAGAAGAAACGCGGUGAUGGCGUCAUGUAUUUCCCAAGUAACAUCUCAAAGUACAUCGCCCCAGAGGCUAGGGUUCUUCCUAUUACCACAGUGCCCUUGCUUAUACCGCUGCUUGCUGUGCUACAGCUUAGCUUCUCACUGCUUGGUGCUGCCGUUCAAUGCUCGCUGUGCUUGCUACUGCACGCCGUUCAAGUAAUCGUACAUUAGUACUUGUGGCACGGAGAAUUCUAUGGUGUUUUAGAUUAAAAAAAAGUGGCAAGCGACGACAUUAAUUAGUACUUGUGUCCUUGUAUCUAUGCAUUGCUGUACCUUUGCUUUUUAAUAUAAUACAAAAUAAUGUCUCAUUGGCACCUGGACAUACUUUUUCUGGUAAAAAUGUGUAAUAGUAAACACCAAGC